CAGAGGCACACUGAUCAGUUGCUUUCCAACCAGCAGUAAACAGAAAUAAGAAGAAGAAGAAGAAGAAGAAGAAGAAGAAGAAGAAGAAGAAGAAGAAGAAGAAGAAGAAGAAGAAGAAGAAGAAGGGAGUUGCAGAGUCAAACAGAAGAGUGCAAUGGCAGCGUCUGGUCAGAAUCCCUUUAGCUGUGCAGUGUGUCUGGAUACAUGGAGGGAUCCAGUGACUAUUCCAUGUGGACACAAUUACUGCAUGCACUGCAUUAGUGCCUGCUGGGACAAAGAAGAUGAGAAGGGUGUGUACAGCUGCCCUCUGUGCAGCGAGCCGUUCAGCCCAAGGCCUCCUCUGAAGAAAAACACAGUGUUGGCCGAGCUGGUGGGGAAUAUGAAGGUUCAGAUUGUGACCAGUGUGCCGUCUGUUGUGUGCUAUGCUGAACCUGGAGAUGUGGAGUGUGACUUCUGCACUGGAAGAAAACUAAAAGCUGAGCAAUCCUGCCUUGCAUGUCUGGUUUCCAUGUGUGAGACGCACCUCCAGCCUCACCUGGACGUUCCAGCAUUGAGGAAACACAAGCUAGUCAAGGCCAGGGCCGGGUUGCAAGACAGGGUCUGUGCCAAACACGACAAGCCCCUCGAGGUGUUUUGCUGCACCGACCAGACCUGCAUCUGCAUGUUGUGCACAAUGGACGACCACAAAGGCCACGAGACCACAUCAGUUGCAGCAGAAAGACGUCAUAAACAGAAUCAAGUGGCGGAGACAAGGAGUCACUUCCAGCAGAAAAUCCAACAGACAGUGACAACCCUUCAAACCCUGAGAGAAAGGAUGGCAAAUCACAAGACAAUGUCAGAAAAGACACUGGCACACAGUGAGAAGAUCUUCACCGAACUGAUACAGUAUUUUGAGGGGAAGCGUUCUGAGGUGAGAGAGCUGAUCUCGGCCCAGCAGAAGCAGGCUGGCCUGAAUGCUGAGGAGAUGGUCCAGGAGCUGGAGCAGAGGAGCACUGAACUGAAGAAAGGAGAUGCUGAGCUGGCAGAGCUGUGUCAUGAGGAGGAUCAUAGCUGGUUUCUACAGAGGUUCCACACCUUCAAAAACUCUCCUGCGCUUAAAACAUCACCCAUCAUGAUUCUCACGGUGUCAAAAUAUUUUGAAGACCUUUCCCAAUCUCUUUCUGCUUUGAGGCAAACCGUUGAGUCGACUUGUGAUCUGGACAUGGUAAAAAUAUCAGCAAAAAUCAAAGAAAUUGACAUUGCAAAGCAAUUGACAAGAGAAGAUCUCCUCAAAUAUUCCUGUGGGCUGACAUUUGAUCCAAAUACAGCUUCCAAAGAUCUUGUACUAUCCGAGGGAAAUACAAAAGUAACAGCCCAACAGAGCUCUUUUGGUUCUUUGGCUACCUCCAGUAUUGUCCAGCCUUUUGGAACACCACAACAAAAGAUGGGUGUCCUUUUCGGUUCUACCUCCAAUUUUGGACAGCAUAGUCUUGCUUUUGGUGGACCUGUAAUCUGUGUUGGCUUCCCUAAAGUAAAAAAACAACCUAUCGAGCCUCUCAACAGUUCAGGUUUCCUUUCUGGUUCUGGCUUGCACAGCCCUUCUGGUGCAGGUUCUGGCCUUUUUGGUUCUGCAGCUCCCGCUGCUUUUGGGAGUUUUGGUACUGCAGCUCCCGCUGCUUUUGGGAGUUUUGGUUCUGCAGCUAUUUCCUACAAACCUACGCCAUUUAUUGGCAUCUGCCAAGUAUUGUGUGUUCAAAAAUUAACCGGACAAUGCUACUGGGAGAUUGAGAGGAGUAACGAGAAAGAGGUUGAUAUUGGUGUAGCAUACCAAGACAUCUGCAACAUGUAUCCGUCGGCUCGUCUUGGACAAAAUGAUAAAUCAUGGAGUUUAUCCUGUAAGUCUGAAGGAUGCUCUUUUUAUCACCAGGGUAACAAGACUCACAUCAUUGGUCUAAUUCCAGGAAAUAGAAUUGGCGUGUUUCUUGAUCACAAAGAAGGAACUUUGUCCUUCUAUGAUGUCUCUGAUAUGAUUACUUUACUCCACAAAGUGUGCACGAAAUUCUCAGAGCCCCUGUAUGCUGCAUUCUGGUUAGAGGAUCGGGCGAGUUUGAAAAUUGUCCAAGAAGCAGCUCCCCAGGACCUCCCCCUAUUCCACACCUUUUCCACUUUUAACCCCUAGGCUGACGGGCAGGUGGGUCUGACCAAUUCUCUAAAUUGAAAUAAUUAAUGUGAAUUGCUUGGCGACACUUUAUUACUAUGUCCAUUUCCACGUCUGGAGUACUCUCACUAGCCUGACUCUCGCCAAACCCUCCGCACCGUUGCUUGAGCUCACUCAAGGGCCUGGAGGACCUUUGGAUUUGCCCUGCCCCCAAAGCAAAAGGCAGAAGAACCAAUCAGCAUCACAGGACUUUCAGAGAUGUGACAUAGUGUGCAUUCCAAUAUGCGACCUUGCAUCCUCCGCUUGUGCUUAUGGUCUCACAUUUUGCUGAUGCCCCGCCUCCGUGGAGAGAACAAAUCAGUUUCCCCGCUGUCAGCCUAACUAAAAGAAUUUUUGGGGGACUAUUCUUCAUUCACCAUCCAGUUUGCAAAUGAGAAAAUGACUUAACAAUUGAGCUUUUGCGAGAUAUUGAAAUAUAAUGUCAGUGACAUCAUCAUGACGUAUUACUUCCUGGUAUGAGGCCACAAGCACAAGUUGAGGACGCAGGUUCGCAUAUUGGAACGCACACACAGUCAGAGUUGAAGAAGGGAAAAGUAAGUGAAACAUGACAGUUGUUUCAAUGGCCGCUCAUGGACUCACUCAUUACAUUGAUUCUGUAGUUUCAAAUCUGUGAGCAGUUAAAGUGGCACCUCAUUUAAAAUGUCAGACCAGUGUUUCCCCAAUCACAUGCAAGAAUUGUUAUAAACCCAUGCCUUCACAGACCUACGCAUUUGGCAUAGCUCUAAAUGAGUGUUUCCUGUGGCUCUAAGAAAGCCCUAGGGGGGCAUUGAGAAGGAUACUGCUAAGAAGGCAAAGUGCUUAGUUGCCAUUAGGGAGCAUUAGUCCAUUUUAGUUUUUAAUACUAGGGAACAUUGUAAGGCUUAUGGUGAGGUCCAAGGGGUGUUUCUUCAAAAAAGGUUGAGAACCACUCCAGAUGAAUGUCCGUGCAGCAAGGCACAACCCAUUCAUCUGGUGAGAGUCAGGUUACUCUCAUAGUAUCAACACAGUAAUGGCACCUGUCUUGUUAUUGUGGAUUAUAAGGUG